AUGAAAGGUGUAUUAUUAGUUGAUGAUCGUGAUUCUGUCAUUUUUACUAAUGGUGAUAAUGAAUUUUUAUUAUAUAUAAGAAAUUAUGAUGAGAUAAAAGAAACAUCAGAAAUAGAAUCCCCAUUAUCUGAUGAGUCUGGUCUAUCUAAUGAUAAUAUAUUAAAUCAAUUUAUUACUGUAGAUAUUCCAAAUAGACAAGCAACUGAUGUUUUUUUACCACUUAUUAUGUUAUAUAACUCCCAUAGGGCACAAAGAAAUAUUAUAAUCAACGAGAUUGAAAGCAAUAAUUUAAAAUUUUUCUUUCGUCAUCUCUCAGAACAACAUUAUAUUAUUUAUGUAACAGAAGUAGAUUACAAAUGUGAUUCAAAAAGAAUACUUGACAAACUUCAUCAUUUAUUCGGUUUUUAUAUUGGUCCAUUUGGUAUGUUAAUAAGAAAUGAAUUAUCAUCUAUGAGACAUGCAAAAAAUAUGUUAAAAUAUCGUGUUAAUGAGGUAAUAGAGAAAAAAAAACCUCUAUUUCAAGAACAUUUAGAUCAUCCUAAUUAUUCUGAUAAUGGAUUAAAAUUUUGCAAAAAUUUAAGUAAUGGAUUAAAAUUGCAGAUACCUAAUAAUUUAUGUAUAUUAAUUAGAAAUGGUACAUUAUUAGCAUCAUCUGGUACUAAAAAUUCAUUUUUUACAUGUAAUCAUUUAACAGACUCAUUAUCAGGUAAUGAUAUAGAAGAAUUAAUGCAUAUACGUGAUAUAAGAUUAAAAUUUAAAAUAGAUGAAGAAUUUGAUAGUAUAUGGUUAAAAAUAAAGAAAAAAAAAGAUCUAUUAUUAUUUGUUAAUGUUUUUUUUAUUAAAUUGACAAAUGAAAUUAGUUGUAUAAUAAUAACAUCAUUAAAUGAUUCAUGGAAAAUAUAUAAAAUAAAUGAAAUUUUUGAACAUAUGUAUAAUUUAGGAAAAACAAAUAUUAUAAAAAAUUGUCUUAAUUUAAUAAAUCAAAAUAUUUAUGAUUUAUUUCCUAAAAAUAAAAUUGACUAUAAUAGUAAUGAUAUUUUAUUAUAUAAAAAUCAUGGUCGUAGGAUAAUUAAUAUAUGGUCAAAAUUAGAAAAACAAUUAUUAAAUGAUGUUGGAAAAAAAGAUGAAAUGGAUAAAAAAAAUUAUCAAGAUAUAAAAUUUUUAAGAAAUAAUUUUAACAAUACAUCUUGUGAUAGUGGUGUUGAAGUAAAAUCAGUUACAACAUCAAUAUUAAAUGCCUAUAAUAAAUCUAAAAAAAUUUUAAAAUCUUAUUUUGAUGAUUCACAAAUUCAUUUGGAAUUAUUGGAAGAAGUUAUGAUAGCACAAUUAAAAAGGAUGUUUAGAUUAUAUCUUAAUGAUUUAUUAGAAAUUAAUAAAGAUGAAGGAAGAUUAUAUAUAUUAAAUAAAAUAAAAACAGAAUUAAAAUAUUGGUUUGCAAAUGAAAGAAAAUUAUUUUUUAAAAUUAAUUAUGAAGAAAUUAAGAUUUCAGUAAAUGAAAAUAGUUUAGGAUAUAUAUUAUCAUGCUCAAAUUUACCUUUUCGUUAUUGUCAUUUAUUUAAUAAUUCUAAAGAAAUGUUAUUAAAAACAACAAAAAUAGAGUUAUUACUUUUGGAAUAUUUGAAUGUAAUUAAUUUUAAUGAUGUUGAUGAUAAAGAAGAAUGUAUUGAAAUUUCAGGAUUACAAAAUAAUUCUGUUUAUUAUAUAAAGUAUUCUGUAAGAGAUAAUUAUAUAGAUAAUUUGUCUGUUGGCAACUCUUUUUAUCCUAGAUUAUGUAAAUAUAUAUUUAAUUCUAAGCAUUCUACAGAAUCAACAAAUGUUUUUCAAAUAUAUGCUAUAUUUGAUUUUAGUAUAGACAAGGAAAUUGCAAUUAUUCAGUGUAAAGAAAUUUUAAAGUAUUAUUAUCAUUAUAUUUCAUGUAUAUCAAAAAAUAUUUUAGUAUAA